GCACAGUAGCCUUACUGGAAGUCGUAUGACCCUCCACGACUUUCUUCUCACGGGUGAAGUGCGCAAUAAAAUCUCUGCUCCGGUUGCCACGCACGCCGCAACUUAAAAUGCCGGCGCGGCUGCUCAGCGGUCGCGCCGCUGCGGCCGGGGCAGAAGUGAGCAUGACAGAUCAGUCCUUCACCUCCUUAGAGUCUCUGACCCUGGCGGUCAUUAUCGCUGUAAUUGGAUUCGCUAUCAUCAUCUCCAACUUCCUCAUUAUUUCUGCUUUUCUCAACUUCAAAGGUCUAUCGAACGAAGUGAUCAACUACUACUUGCUGUCGCUUUCAAUAGCAGAUCUACUGUGUGGCGUAUUCGUGGUACCGUUGUCAGUGUACCCUGCCAUAACAGGCCGCUGGAUGUUUGGGGAUCUCAUGUGCAGACUAGUCGGCUACCUAGAGGUCACUCUGUGGUCCGUCUCUGUAUAUACGUUCAUGUGGAUAUCAGUCGAUCGAUAUCUUGCAGUUAGAAAACCGCUCCGUUAUGAGACGGUUAGUGCGACGGUACAAACGCGUACUAGAAGCCAGUGUUGGAUGGUCUUCACUUGGAUAUCAGCCGCGAUGCUCUGCUGUCCGCCACUUCUUGGGUACAAGAAAGAUGCGACCUUCGAUAGAGAAACUCUCAUUUGUAUGCUCGACUGGGGAUCCACUCAAGCGUAUACCGUCACCUUAGCUAUGUUAGUUCUGGGUCCCAGUGUAAUCUCCAUCGUUCAUAACUACUAUUACAUUUUUGCAAUGAAACGCAAGCUGACCAGCGGGGCGCCGAUUCAUGACAAAGAGUACGCAACGGCUUUAGCAGAGAAUUUAGCUAAUCCUAGUCAUUGGAUGAGCUUUGUAAUGGUCACUACAUUUUGGCUCAGCUGGGCGCCCUAUGCCGGUAUCAGAACCUAUGAAUUCUUUACCGGGGAGGAGUUGAAGAUGCCCAUGUUGCAUUUUGGAAUGGUUUGGGUCGGAAUACUUAAUUCAUUUUGGAAAAUAUUGAUCUUGAUAUCUUUGAGUCCGCAGUUCCGUCUUGCGAUGCGUAUACUAUGUCUGACGGCCUGCUGUCGAUCCAAGGCGCGCCUACAAGCAGAACUUGCCGAAUUGGAUAAUGACGACUAAGUUGGUACUCUAUAAUCUAUUUAUAUUGUCUAUGUAAACUCACGAUUCGAUUUUUGAAUAUCUUUUUAGAGUAAGAAUAUUAAUAGUUAUUAUAUAUGUUACUGUACAUAAGGCUGCAUUUAGUGCUCAACCGACGGUCAAUGCGGACGCAGCAAGCUUGAUUGGAUGUGUACAAUUGCGAAGACAAAUGAAUCCGCUCCACGGAACGCGUCCAUGUGUUUUCAUAGUUAGAGGUCCCUUGACUGGCGUUAGCGCUGAUCGCCGGUCCAGCACUAAAUGCAGCCUUAUCUUACAUAAUUGAUCAUUGUCACAAUAUAGUAAUAGAACAGUACUGUAACUUAAUACUAGAGCGCACGCACACAUACACCCGAUUUACACGGCCUAAGCAAUCUUGGGAAGACAAAACUGUUGAGUGCCUCGCCGAGCGCAGCCAAGACUGGUCGCUGUCCAAAUCAAAUUAUCUACGCCACACCGUCAGCACGUCAAUAUUUUUGUAUGUAACAAUGAUAGCGUCCGCCCAGACGUAGCUAUAAAUUUCAUGCUGAGUUACACUACUGUUCAAUUACUGUAUUAUACCGUUUGAGUGUCGAGACACUUGGCCGGUGGAGCCCAGAGGCGUGGAGAAUGUACAAAGUACUAUAUACGCGCUUCAGCCUACUACCCAAGCGCUGGCAGCUAUAUCGCUCAACGGAUCGGCCUAGCUAUCCAAAGCGGAAAUGCUGCCAUUAUUCUUUCUACACUCGUAGUGAUAGUUUGUACUUCAUGUAAUAAUGUUAAGUAGAUUGGAUGGUAAUGCCAAUAAUAAGCCGGGGCAGAAUGGCGAAAAUUUCAAGCACGGUACACAUAAAUCGCAAACACAUUCUUCACAUAUCUUUUUGUAAGACAUUGUAACUUUAUUUAAUAUUUUUUGUAACCAAUGUAGGUAUUGUUUUUUGAUAUUUUUAUGGUGUUAGGCCCAGAGGCGCAUGGAAUAUACAAAGUACUAUAUUGACGCCUCAAUAGGGCUACUGGAAAUCCAAACGCUGGCAGCUAUGUCGGUCAACGGAUCAGCCUAGAUAUCUGAUGCUGCCAGUAUUCUUGUAACACUUCCCCGUAACGAUAGUUUUAAUUUAAUGUAAUCAUAGGAUUUUAAAAAUAGUUAUAAGAUAUGUUUUGUUGGAAUAAAUUAUUAUUAACUUUUAUGGUUAAAAUAUUUACUGUACUUACUAUUGUGACAGUUAUUGAACUGAAAUAAGUUAUGAGAACGAAGUUCUUUUAUGUGGCUGUAAAAGCGUUAAAAAUAAAUAAAAAAAUAAAAAAUAAAUGCAUUUAUU